AUGGUCAGUGAGGGCUGCUCUCUGUGGAAGGUACCAAAUUCUAACUAUCAGCCUAAGGCAGGUGAUGUGACCCCUGCUGUCAUGAAUCCUCUCUCACAGCCAGGCUCUGUUCCUUUGGCACAAGGAAUAUGCUGGACCAUAUCAGACAUGAAUGCAGAUCAUGUGGUGGUCACUCAGGAAACUCUAAUGGAGCAGUUAGUGAAAAAUUACCCAGGCAUUGCAGUGCCCUCCCACAAUGUAUUAUAUAAUAUCCUUGGCACUCUAAUUAAGGAAAGAAAAAUCUAUCACACAGGAGAAGGAUAUUUCAUUGUGACUCCCAACACUUACUUCAUCACAAAUGAUGCCACAGAAGACAACAGAAGGAUCCUGUUGGAGCACAGUUGUUGCUGUUCAUCACCUUCCAUCACUGACCUGGUAAACAUUAAGUCCUGCACAGGCCUAGUGAAAGAAAGCACUCCUACAUUACCCUGUUACAGAUCCUGCCAUGGCCAAAAUAAGCUCUGUGAACAAAGGCAAGGGCUGGUGAUGAGCCAUGGAUCUAAUGGAGAGGGACAGAGAGGCUGCACUGAAUUGAAGCCUUCAGUUCCAACUCAAGGCAUCUCCACAUGUGCUGAGAACCAUUCCUGGGACGCCAUCAAAUCCCUGACAUCUGUGAAAGCAAAACUGAAAAGCAAAAUGUUUGGCCUUGGCCUUUUCUGGAGAAGUGGUUCUAAGAAAGAAAAACACAAGAAGGAGUACUCCACUUUUUCAGGCCAGUUUCCUCCCCAGGAGUGGCCAGUCAGGGAUGAAGAUGACUUGAACAACAUCCCACGUGAUAUUGAACAUGAAAUCAUCAAGCGUAUUAACCCCACUCUUACAGUUGAUAAUUUGAUUAAACACACAAUAUUAAUGCAGAAGUUUGAGGAGCAGAAAAAAUGCAGCAGUAAAGAGAAAAGAUACAUCAGUAAUGGUACCUCGGCUGAAGUGCCCACACUCAGGCAAAAGCAUCUCUCAAAGGAUUGUAUUCAAAGGGCACCGAGUAAACCAGCAAAACACACCAGGAAAACCAAAUCAAAGAGGGAAAAGCAGAUGAGCAGGAGCAGCAGGAAAUCUCACAGACAGAAGCUAACAUCCCAAAAUGUGAAACUGGCAGAGAGCUUUUCCCUGCCCAUCAAAACCCAAGAGGCACCUGCUGCAGCAGUGGAAUCCCAGGGGAUAUACAAGAAGCAGAUUAAGAAUCCUUUCCAGGGUCUGCCAUGGAGACCUCGCAGCUUUCCUGCCAGGGGGCACCAGGGUGCUGGAAAGUGCCAGACUCACAAGGGAGGAAGGGCUUUCCAAAGGCCACAGUCCUUGGCCUCCUCAGGACCCUUUGGCUGUGAAAUUGAAAGGCUGGGCGCAGAAAGUGAGGCUGGCAGAGCUAAGCAAAACAACCCACUCCAUGCUAAUAGGUCUGACCUUCAACUAAAGAAAGGCAGUUUCAGUGAAAAUGGUGGUUAUCCACAGGGCAGUAAUGUGCAAAUAGAGAACAGAAGUAGAUACUUCCUGGGGAGUAACAUUUCUGAAGAAAAUGUCUCUAGAAGAACAGUAAAAAAAAAAUCCCCUUGCUCCUACAUUGAAGAUAAUGGUGUGUGCAAAGAGGAUGCACGAUUUCCAUCGCACCUGAAAGAUGAGCAUUGCAGAUGCAAAGCAGACACUGUGUGUGAGCUCUUAGAUCAAACAGCCAGUGACUUUCAAAAUGUCCAUCUUUCAAAUUGCACAGCCAGUGCUACUAGCCCCAAAAAUGGUGUGAAAUACAGACGAAAGACUGAUAAAAGGAGUGAACUUCUAUUUAACCAUGACUGUGCCAGCCAUCCUGGAUCAAGGGAGCUGGAAAGGGAAGGGUUCACUGGUAACUCCCAUCUUCUGUACCAAAAGGGACACGAUGGUGACACCUGUCCCUUGUCACAUCUGGAUGAGAAUUCUGAACAGCUGGCCCCUGGCCAUGCCUGGUCAGGCACAGGAGACUGGAGCACAGCUGUGUCCCUAAAGGCCUCUAAGGUUAGUACCUGCCCUGCCCAGCACCACACAACUGCAAAUAAAUGUGAUAUGAGAUACAAGGGAAGUGCCAGCCUUGCAGAAUCAACAGAUGGCUCCAAGGAGCACCCUAAACCAGACAGCACAGAGGAAAGCUGGCUGUGCAGCCAGGCUCUUCUGAAAGGCCACAGGAAGGAGGAAGGAACUGGUCUCAGUGAGUGUGGGAAGGGCUCAGCUGGGGCAGGUUCCUGCCAGGCUGGCUCUGACUCUGGCACUCUGCAGAACUUCACCCGUGAGGGGGGAGAGGGAGCAGCACGCUGUGCUGUGGGCUCAUGGAUCAGAGUGAGAAACCCCCCAGGACAAAGAGAGCAGCUUGUAAAGAGUGCAUGUCCUGUGAGCCCACAACAGAAACACCCAGAGGGGACAGAAAACCACAGCAUCACAGGAGACAGUGGCAUUGACUCCCCAAGGUGGACUGAGAAGAAGAUGAAGCUUCCUGCCAAAUUCUAAAAGUAUAAAUAACAAUGCAAAAAGGAGGACAAGUGAAAGGACAAUUGUAACAAAGCUCCUUCCUUCAUCUAACUCUGGUCGUGAAUAUUUGAUUAUUUUUUAAUGAGAUUGGUAAAC